GCCGAGCCGUCGAGUGGCGUCGAGUGUUGCCGGUCGGAUGUCCGCGGAGGGCGGCGGCUACUCGCCGUGUCCGGCGGAGGCGCUGCCGGAGCUGAGCGCGGCCGAGCUGGCGAUGAGCCUGUCGCCCAAGUCGGUGCUGCAGCAGAACCUGUCCCAACUGCAGCUGCAGCACUCCACGCCCUUCUCCGUCACCGACAUCCUGUCGCCCAUCGAGGAGUACCGCAAGCUGGAGCUCGCCAACAACCCGCCGUCGCCGUACAGGUCGAACUCGUCCGGGAGCAGCAUAAACUCCCCGCUCGGGCCCACGGCGUCCUGCGGCAUGGCGGCCAACCCCUACGCCGUGCCGCUGUACAGCGGCGCCCCCAUGCAGGGCUACGGCUGCGCCCCCGCCGACCUGCCGCACUACGGGGACAUGCGCGGGGCCAGCUGGUACCCCGCCUCCAACGACCCCAGGUUUGCCAUUUCCAGGCUAAUGACGUCGACGUCGGGCGGCAUGGGGCACGUCAACAACAUGGGCGGGCUGGCGGCGUGCGCGGGGCCCGACGCCAAGCCCAUGCAGUUCCCGCUGGCGCAGCGCCGCAAGCGGAGGGUGCUAUUCACGCAGGCGCAGGUGUACGAGCUGGAGCGACGGUUCAAGCAGCAGAAGUACCUGUCAGCGCCAGAGCGGGAGCACCUCGCCUCGCUUAUACACCUCACGCCCACACAGGUCAAAAUAUGGUUUCAAAACCACCGCUACAAGUGUAAGAGACAGGCCAAGGAGAAGGCGAUGGCGGAGCAAAACCAACACAACCAGUCGGCAUCAUCACCGAGGAGGGUAGCCGUGCCAGUGCUGGUCAAGGACGGCAAGCCCUGCGGCUCCGGGGAGUCCUCCUCACCAGCCCACAGCCACUGCGCGACCCCCACGUCGGGGUACUCCGGCCCCCAAUCCUCGCAGGCAGCCUGCAGUAACCCCCUGGUCUCAUCGUACCGCCAGCCGACAGCCUACCAACAGCAGUGCUCAGGGUACCUCCCCCUCCAGGGCAGGGCCUGGUAGAAGUUCCCACAGCUUUACCACGAGACAAUGUUCAAAGAAGAGAUGUAUUUCGAUUAACCGAACUAUAGUUUUAAAUUUCGAACUGUUAAUUUAAAAUUGCUUGACAUUUCAAAUUGGAUUGCCAUGUUUAAAUAAAUUGUCUCCCUAUUUUGUGUCUAUAGAAAAAUUGUUGCAACAAAGUUGGUUUUAUAGCUAAGCGUAUGAUUUUCUACUGAAACAUAGUAAUUUAACUAAUAAUUUAGUUGUGUUAGCUACUUGUAAUUGUCGUAUAAAUUGCUUUUAGGUUGAUGGUAAAUACAAUACGAUUAAUAAUAUAACAUAAUAAUAUACAUAAUUAUAUAUCUUCUAAGUUUGGAUUGUCUUUAAAAAGGAACAUUGUCACUGGUAAAGCUAUGGGACGCGGAUACCCAAAAGUGACUCAGUGUUUGAGAAAGUGAUUCAGUGAUUAAGUGAGAGUACGAACGUUGGACUAACGCGUAGUGUCGAGGUGUAAAUAGUCAGUUAUAAGCACCACUAAGGAUUUGACUUAAAUGUUAUAUUUUAUGUAAAUUUUCGUCAAGUAUUCCGUAUGUUUCCUUUCCAAGAUAUAAUGUUAUGUAUUUACUUUGUAGUGUUCUUCCUAUUAUUGUCAUUUCCGAAAACUUUUUCUAAUGUGUAGUAUGUAGUACAGACUUAAAACAUUAAAAUUGCUCUGAGGCUCCUGAAUUUCAAAUAAAUGAUCUCCUUUAUUUGGAAUUUAUCGUCAUCAUCAUUUUGAUUUACUUAUUUUACAAAAAAUACCCAGUGAGUUCGAUGUCAGGGACAAUUUUAAUGGUUUAUUUUUUUGCUUACUACAAAUAUUAGAAAACUUUUUGAAAACUGAGUACCUUAACAAUUUUUGAAGCUUAAUAAGUAGAACUAUCCGAGCUAUUGUAAAUAACUGAUACAAAAAUAGUUAAUUGUUGUGUGAAUAGUAUAAUUUAUGAUUAAAUAAAAAACAGGUCAGUGUUUGUGCGUGUGUAGAUAGUAACGUGUACAUAAAACAAUUUGUCGCUGCCAAUUUUGUUUUUGUAUUACAAUAGAUAAAUUAUUUCGCAGUGAGAUAUUUAAAUGUUUUUAGAAAAAUAGUUACACUGAAUUGAGAUAAUACAAAAAAUAGAUAAAAUAAAGCUACAUUAUACAAACAGUAUUCUUUGUCUUUAAAAAUGUUCAUUAAAAAAUACAAAAAAUGUCUUCUUAAUUACUUUUAUCUUUUACUUUACAAGUUUGUUAACCCAAACGAUUUCUUUCUAUGAUAUGUUUAUAGCAAAUUCAAUUUUUUACCCCAAUUCUCAUUAAUCGCAAGGGUAGCGUGGGGUUGAGUCAAGCAAUCGACUUGCACAAGCGAUGGGUAAUUGACUACAAGCCCCUAAUUGGGUGCCGAUUGUGUGAACCCCCGCACCCCAACACAACACAUAGAUUAUAAAGAUUCACAAAGCCCCUACAAGGAAAAUUUCUGCAAUCAAUUAAAAUGCCCCUUUUUGUACUUAAACGUGUCGGUGUUUUAUACGAGGUUAGUAUUUUUUCUUGUUAAUAAAAGUCAAUAUAAUCAAAGUAUUCUUCAAUUUUGACAUUGAUUCAUUGGUCAUUGUAAAUUAGCCUCAGAAGAAUUUAUAUUUAAGCAAGUAGUAAUAACUCUAGAAAAUAUAGGCACAGUAUCAAAAAGCUUGCAAUAAACUUUAAUUAUUAAUUUUUUUAUUGUUAUUGUAAGAGUGUCCUGGAAUUAUUGAAAGGACUUGGACAUUUACAAUAAUAUUUAAAAGUCUCAUUAUUUAUCCAUUUUACUCCCUUACAUCCUUAAUAACUUGCCAAGUGUAAAUUAAUGCCAUGCUUUUAUAAAACAUCGACUAUAGUUAUUAAAUUCAUUUUUUAUUGAAAUGUAAAUAUAAAAUUUAGUAGAAUUAAAAAAAAGAGUUAGAAUCACAGUAGUAAAAUGGCGUGUACGCUAACAAACAAUGAAACAUAGCAAUAAGCAUCUUUAAUUAAAAUUAAAGUAAAUUGUCAAAUUUUUUAAAAAGAAUAUAAUUAACGUUUUUGUAACUUAAUUUAUAAAUAAUUAUUAUAAUUAUGUUUUCAGAUUUAGGCCGAUGUAAUUAUUUUAGUUAGGCUUAGAGAAGUUAUAAUAACUAUAAAUAAUAGUAUUAAAAUAAUGAAAGGAAUUUGUAAUUAUAAUGUGAAACGAGGUGUAAUGAAUUUCGAUUUAUAAAAUUAAUAAAAAUUAACGAGU